AUGGAAUCUACUCCCGUCAUUAGUUCUUCACAGGAGCUUGGAGUAAAUGAAGCAGGCACGCCUCAAACGCCUGUGGCCUGGAGCUCCUCGGAUCCGACCAACUCCCCUACACGAGACAGUGUUAUGAGCGAUGACACGAUCUCUGCAUCUAUCAACGAUGUUGAAAUGAUUUUGAACCACGAUACUGACUUUGAUCUCGCAAGUCCAACACCCGGCACACCUCUUGGACGGACACCUGGUCGUGGUCUCGUCACAGAUGUGGCAAAUAGACCUUCAACUCCAGCUUGGGAGCAAGGCACUCCGCAACAAAUCAUGACACUACCUGGCAAGGGAACAGACACAGAAGAAUCGCCCAUAUCUGUCACAGAGCCGCUUAAACCAACGUUGGCAUUCACGCCCAGGAGAUCACCACGAAUAUCUACUCCAUUUCAGAACAAACCAGAGUUUAAUACUCCAAAGCAAACUUUACUCAGGACGUCCAUCACCCCAACUGAGACCGCGCCAGUGAACUCAGUGCCUCCCCGACUCCAGUUUACGCCAAUGAAAUCAGGGUCGACGUACAUCUUCUCAACACCGCUUCCUUCUCCUUCAAUAUUCCUGUCUCGGUCAUCAUCGCCUUUUCGAACCCAACCAGUCACCGCAACAAAGGAUAUAACGGAGGAAGCGAUGACAAGCAACUUGGCGAUUGAAACGCACUCUACUUUCGCGGCCGAACCCAAUCCAACGGGAAUUCACACCUCGUUGAAUAGUGAGCCAAGGGUGGAGAGCUCAGAAGCGAGCAAAGAGGGAGUUGAUAUGGAACUGGACGAAGAGCCGACCAUGUCCACCUCUGCAACAAACAUUCAAUUGCAAUCGCAACCACUACUAUCAACCGCAGAAUCUUCCUCUCUGUUCGCGAGCCCUAUCCCAGCUCUGUCGCAACCCAUCCUCUCGCCAGUACGACUCCAAACCGUGCCAUUCUCGGCGCCCACAGCUCCAGGAGAAACACCUCAGCCUAGCUUGCUGAGAUUGACAUCACUGUCUCCGACGCAGACAUUUCUUCUCGAUAGGCUAUCGAAUGGGACAUACACAGAGCCUCAAAGUAAAGUGCUCACGUUUGAGACUCCUAAGGGAGAAAAGACGCCGUCGGAGGGUAGUGGAGACGAUAUACAAGAGGAAAACGACUCGGACGCAGGAUCUAUGGAAAUGCGUAUCAUGACGCCAACACAACGAGCAGAUCGCAACGCAGCCGUUAUGACUAUGCUGGCGAUACGUUCACCCGCCCGGACGCCUACACGGCCACGGUUAAAUUUUCAGUCCACGGGGUCACCUAACAAUCAAGACUCGCUCGCUCCUCUUGUUGUUCCUCUCUCGCCCUCUCGACUCCCAUUUCCCAUCACUCCUCAACCAUCUGCCUCGGCUCACUUGUCAAGGACACUGGUUCCGAAUCCAACUACCCCCUCACGUCUACCGGUGCCAGUAUUCGCCAAUAAGCACCAAUAUUUCAUCGAGAAAUCACCUUGCACCUCGACAGACAAUCCGUCAGUCUCUACAUUGUCGACUGCACCUAUUAUAUCUCAAGGUCGCACACAAUCGACUCUAAGAGGCGCAUCCACCGGGGUAGCGAGCAAAAUCCCUAGACCGGGAUCGUCGAAGCCGUAUGCACGGCCCAUAUCACGACUACCAAAGCCCAAGGCUCUUACAAAAAACGCAGUAAUUUCUCCUCCACCCCUCCCUGCUCCAACCGCACCAAAGGUUCUUCAACCACCGCCGCCACCUCCUAUAUCUCCGAUCAAGACUCGAAGAGGGCGAGCAGCUGCGAAUCAGCAGGCACAAGGAGCAUCCUUGCAACGCGCCACCGACGAACUUCCUCCAGAUGCUGUCAUACUUCGCCCUCCACAGCCCCGUAUACGAACACGACCGGACAGCCUUAUUGAGGAUCCUAUGGACACAACAGUUGAGAGUCGCGCGCGGUCUCCGCCGACCUCUGUGCCGGUAAUUACACCUCCGCCACCUCCCAAGGAACGUUUGAAGCCGCCGAGUAAAGAUUUAUCAUCAGAAGCUGCACGGAAUGGACUACAAUUCCCGAAUUUGCUGCGACGGCGCCAUCAUUGGGGAUUUUCCCUGUAA